CCGCUGUGCGACCUCCCGAUACAGUCGCCGCCACCUUUAUGGUUCAUUAUACGCCAUUUACUAAUACGACAGUUCGUAUUAUAUUAAAUAUUGAAACGUCGCAUUAUUAUUACGGUUUACGGUAAUAAUAACACCCAUAAUACAGUAAUACAUUUUAAUUCGUGAGUUCGUCGUUAACCCGGCGCACGACUUUUUCGUUUUUUGUCGUUCCCCCUCGUUCUCGUUUUGCCCCAUAUAAAUCGUAUUCGUCCGGUGACGUUUUAAUAAUAUAAUCGUUAAUCAUUAAUUGUUCGGCGGGUGCAAACAACGUGCCCACACACGGUAAUUAAAAUAUUAUUUAAGUACAUUUCGUUCGUUCGUUCGUUAUUUAUUAUUUGUAUUUAACGUCGAAAGAAAGCUGUACGUACUACAAAAGCCGACGACCAUCGCUAUACAUUUUAUCAACUGCCACCGUCAAGCACACCACGGAUUUGUUAUUAUGUCGUAACGUUGCGGUGUUCAAAGAAGCCAUAUAUUAAGGAUCGCUGUGAAUGUUAUACUAAAAGAUCAUCGCUUUAAACCACCAAGCCGUCCACAAUGGAGGACGCCCACGCGAAAACCGUGGAUGAGGUACAAAACUUCUUCAACGUAGACCCAGAAAAAGGUUUAUCACUUGAUCAAAUAAAAAGAAAUCAAGCUAAAUAUGGACCUAAUGAAUUGCCCGCCGAAGAAGGCAAAUCAAUCUGGCAGCUUGUCCUCGAACAGUUUGAUGACCUACUAGUUAAAAUUCUACUAUUAGCUGCUAUUAUAUCUUUUGUAUUAGCAUUAUUUGAAGAACAUAAUGACAUUAAUGAAACCCUAACUGCCUUUGUUGAACCACUUGUUAUAUUACUUAUUCUUAUAGCAAAUGCUGUGGUUGGAGUAUGGCAGGAACGAAAUGCAGAAUCGGCCAUUGAGGCACUUAAAGAAUAUGAACCAGAAAUGGGUAAAGUCAUCCGUGGCGACAAAUCUGGUGUACAAAAAAUCAGGGCGAAAGAAAUUGUACCUGGUGACAUAGUAGAAAUAUCAGUAGGAGAUAAAAUUCCUGCUGAUAUUAGGUUGAUUAAAAUCUAUUCAACCACAUUGAGAAUUGACCAGUCCAUUUUGACUGGUGAAUCAGUCUCUGUGAUUAAACAUACAGAUGCCAUUCCAGACCCAAGGGCUGUGAACCAGGACAAAAAAAAUAUUUUAUUCAGUGGUACAAAUGUUGCUGCUGGUAAAGCUAGAGGUGUAGUUAUGGGUACUGGAUUAAAUACUGCCAUUGGUAAAAUCCGUACUGAAAUGAGCGAGACUGAAGAAAUAAAAACUCCUCUGCAACAAAAAUUGGAUGAAUUUGGUGAACAACUUAGUAAAGUUAUUUCAGUUAUUUGUGUUGCUGUCUGGGCCAUCAAUAUUGGUCAUUUCAAUGACCCUGCCCAUGGUGGUUCUUGGCUAAAAGGUGCCAUUUACUACUUCAAAAUUGCUGUUGCAUUAGCUGUAGCUGCCAUUCCAGAAGGUUUACCUGCUGUUAUUACUACCUGUUUGGCUUUAGGUACUCGCCGUAUGGCUAAAAAGAAUGCAAUUGUUAGAUCACUGCCUUCAGUCGAAACUCUUGGUUGUACUUCUGUCAUAUGUUCUGACAAAACUGGUACACUUACCACUAACCAGAUGUCCGUUAGCAGAAUGUUCAUUUUUGAACACAUCGAAGGAAAUGACAGUUCGUUUACUGAAUUUGAGAUCACAGGAUCAACUUAUGAACCAAUUGGUGACGUAUUCCUUAAUGGCCAAAGAAUAAAAACCUCAGAUUAUGAAGCAUUAAAUGAAUUAGGAACAAUUUGUGUAAUGUGUAAUGACUCAGCUAUUGAUUUUAAUGAGUUUAAACAAGCUUUUGAAAAAGUUGGUGAAGCAACUGAAACAGCUUUGAUAGUAUUAGCAGAAAAAAUGAAUCCAAAUAAUGUUUCUAAAUCUGGUUUGGACCGCAGAACAACAGCUAUUGUUGUGAAACAAGAUAUUGAAACCAAAUGGAAGAAAGAAUUUACUCUUGAAUUUUCUAGAGAUCGUAAAUCUAUGUCUUCUUACUGUACACCCAUCAAAACUACCAAAAUGGGUAAUAGCCCCAAAUUGUUUGUUAAGGGAGCUCCAGAAGGUGUUCUUGAUAGAUGUACACAUGCCCGAGUUGGCUCUCAAAAAGUUCCUUUGACAUCUGCACUCAAAAACCGUAUCCUAGAACUGACCCGUAAAUAUGGUACUGGACGUGAUACUCUUCGUUGUUUAGCUCUUGCUACUGCUGAUUCACCAACAAAACCAGAACAAAUGGAUCUUAAUGAUUCCACCAAGUUCCAUUCUUAUGAAGUAAAUUUGACAUUUGUGGGAGUAGUCGGUAUGUUGGAUCCUCCUCGUAAAGAAGUGUUUGAUUCAAUCCAGAGGUGCAGAGCAGCUGGUAUUAGAGUUAUUGUUAUCACUGGUGACAACAAGGCAACAGCUGAAGCUAUUUGUCGCAGGAUCGGUGUGUUCACUGAAGAAGAAGAUACAACUGGAAAAUCAUACUCAGGGCGAGAAUUUGAUGAUCUGUCUCUGUCUGAACAAAAGUCUGCUGUAGCCAAAGCUCGGCUGUUCUCUCGAGUAGAGCCAUCUCACAAAUCGAAAAUUAUUGAAUAUUUACAAAGCAUGAACGAAAUUUCUGCCAUGACUGGCGAUGGUGUAAAUGAUGCCCCUGCAUUGAAAAAAGCAGAAAUUGGUAUUGCUAUGGGUUCUGGAACUGCUGUAGCCAAAUCUGCUUCUGAAAUGGUGUUAGCUGAUGACAACUUUUCAUCCAUUGUGGCAGCUGUUGAAGAGGGCAGAGCUAUUUAUAACAACAUGAAACAAUUCAUUAGGUACUUAAUUUCAUCCAACAUUGGUGAAGUUGUUAGUAUUUUCCUGACUGCUGCACUUGGAUUACCCGAAGCUUUGAUUCCUGUACAACUUUUGUGGGUAAAUUUGGUCACUGAUGGCUUACCAGCUACUGCUCUAGGUUUCAAUCCACCUGAUCUUGAUAUUAUGGACAAACCUCCCCGUAAAAGUGAUGAAGGUUUGAUUUCUGGCUGGUUGUUCUUCCGUUAUAUGGCCAUUGGUGGAUAUGUUGGUGCAGCUACUGUCGGUGCUGCUGCUUGGUGGUUCAUGUACUGUGAAGAUGGUCCACAAAUAUCGUAUUAUCAACUGACUCACCAUUUAUCAUGCAUAAGCGGAGGAAGUGAAUUCAGAGGUCUUGACUGUGCAGUUUUCCAUGAUCCUCAUCCAAUGACAAUGGCUCUCUCUGUAUUAGUCACAAUUGAAAUGUUGAACGCAAUGAACAGUUUAUCAGAAAAUCAAUCUUUGAUUAGUAUGCCACCAUGGUCAAACUUAUGGCUUAUUGGUUCUAUGUUAUUGUCAUUCACACUUCAUUUUGUUAUUCUACACAUUGACUUCUUAUCGACCGUGUUCCAAGUGACUCCUCUCACAUUUGAUGAAUGGAUCACUGUAAUGAAGUUUUCUAUACCUGUAGUACUUUUGGACGAGACUUUGAAAUUUAUUGCCCGACGGUUCACUGACGGUUCGCAAUCGAGUAUAAGCCGUUAUUAUGAAAUUGACGGUCAGAUGGUAGAACGAGACAACGGCAUGGCAAUGCCAUCGAAAUCGUGCAAAUCACACGCUGAUUAAAAAAAAUUUAAUUUCCAAACGCCAUUGACGCAUUUCCAAAUAACCGUCAUGCGCACCACCUAUACAUGAUAAUAUUACUUCGUUUUAAAAGCGCCUCCGAUCGCUGUUACUGUUUAAGAAACAUUUUUGUUUUCCUUUUUUUUAAGUUUACUUCCGUUUUUUCGUAUAUUCAUAUAUAAUAUAAUGUGUAUGUAGAAGAAUAAUAAUAACAAUUAUUUAACACAUAAUCAUUGUAUAUAGUUGCGUGAUUUGAUUUUAAUUCUGUGCCGCUAUACUGUUUAUGCGUUUAGACGAAUAAUUUAUUUUUAUGUUUUAUCUAUAUAACAGUACUAAAUGUAUAUUCGAGUAUUUAGACGUUAUUAUUGUAUUUUUUUUUUUUUUUAUAGUAUAAUUUACUUUUGACGUAUUUUGUAGACGUAAAUAUUGUGCUUACAGCGGCUAGUUAAUCACACAUGUCACAUUUCACACAUUCCUAUUCGUCAUCAUUCCAUUCGAUUCUAUAACCUAGUAAAAAUAUCUAUAAAUACAUUACUUUAACACUUUUAUUUUUCGUCUGUCUGAACUAUUACAGUUUUGGACAUUAUAUAUCAUCGGAUUGCUUAUAAAAUAAAUGUUAUUAAUUCGUAAAACACCAUAAUUUUUUAUCGUAUUCGUUAUACGUUUGACCGUGAUUGUUAGGAUAAAAAUAACAUACAAUAAUAGGUACACGCAUAAUAUACUACGUACAUUUUUUUUAUGUAUCGACGUUAUUAAAUAGUUUUUAUACAUAGGUCAUAAAUCCUUUAUGAUUUAAUAUUUAACGCAACUACAUCACCUUGAAUUACUUGUUUGACAAUUAAAAGUUUUAGUGUUACUGUUUAAAAAUACAAUGGUACAAUAAUUUUUUUUGUAAUUGACAACAAACGCAAAACUCCUAAUCAUAUACAUUUCAUCGGACUUCUUUAAGCACAAAAAAUAAUUAUGAAUUUAUUAAUUAUGAAUAAAAUAUUAUGUUAUCUAUUAUAAUUUUAAAAAAAAUAUAUGAUUACACUAUAUUAAUAAUUCGUAAUGUUAAAAGAUUUCUAAUUUUAGUUUUUUAAUUAAGAUCAUUUAUUAUAAAUUUAUAACUAAUGUAGGAUCUAGAAUUUAGCUUUAUAUUUUUUUUAGUGAAUUAAAUUAUGAUAAAAAACAUAAUAGUGUUCUAAUAAAUUGAAAAUAAAAUCAUUUAAUCUAAGGUUAAAAUAUUUAAAAUGUUAUAGUUUUUAAAAUCGAUCUGGCAGCAUAUUAUUCAAAUUUCCCCAUCGAUAAUAUAAUUUCAUUUGAACUGUGGUUAUUACAAAAUUGUUUUUUUUUUCUGUAAUACAACAUAAAUAUAAAUUAAUACAAAUUUUUUGAAUAUGAAAGUACCAUGACCAAUGACAAAUUAUAAAUAUGGUUAUUGUACAUUUCGAUAUUUUUAACGUACUUAACUAAAUUAACCGUUUUACUUAGUAAUUAGUAUACGGUGAUGUUGACCGAUCUUCUGGAGGUUUUAUGAUUUUUUUUCCGCCAAAUUAUGGUAUCUAAAGAUUAUUGCCAAGUGCCAAUGCGAGUAGCCAAUUUUUUUGUUUAAGUGACCACCAGCGAUGUGACCUGUAAAGCUCAGAAAUAUAAUUUUACAUUAUUAAUAGCUAUUAGUAAAAAAAUUGUUUGCUGCGUUUAUACCCAUCUAACACGUCGCAAAAUAUAUAUUAUAGUAUAAUAUAUUUUUUUAUUUGUCUACUAAUAAAAUGAUUUUCGUGUACUGUUGCACAUACAUACGCAUACAAUAUUAUUUUCUUGACAGCGAAUAUUCGUCGAUUUAAAUAAUAUGUUUAAGUGCAAGUAUAAACUUGCUCGCCUUUACGUCUGAUGAUGAAUUUAUUUUGAUAUAUCUAACUAAUAUAGUAAUUGCAAUAAUAUUAUUGUGUUAUUGGUUUAAUAACAACUGAAGCAAAAUACUUUUCUGGAAAUGGUAACUUGUCAAGAACGAAAAAAGGUCGAUAUUUUUUUUUAAAUAUUAUACAUGAUGCGUAAUUGUUCAGAUAAUCAUUCUGUAUAGUGUAUAAUAUAGUAUCUGCGUAACAGUAUGUGUAGUAAAUUGAUUAACCACUGCAGCCAAUGCGUAUAUCUUAGAUAUCUUAGUAAUAAUAUGAUGUAAAAUUAUCUUCAUAACAAAAUUAUAUUAAUAUUAUAACGAUUUAUAUCCAACGCUUCUAAAAUGCUUGGAAAGAAACGGCCAACUUCAGGUAUAAUAUAAAUAUUGUGCACGGGCAUCGAUACAAACAGCCGUGGCUCGCUAAGGGCUGAUUUACCACUUCGGGGUGAGACCCGAAACAACAGGUACGUACUCAACAAUUAAUUUAAUAUAUAAGUAAAUAAAACACGAAUAUAGAAUUCGCAUAAAAAAUAUGCAAGUACAUAAUAUAGUGCUAUUAACAAUAAUAUAAUGCGCUUUAUUAGGGUUUUAAAGUGUUUGAAAUUUUAGAAAAUGCUUUGAACACAAUCAUGAAAAGUGCAACAAAAAAAAGAACUUGGGUUAAACGGCAAAUGAUUAGUCGAGUCUAGAGAUUUGACUUAAACAAGCCAAACAUAUUUGUGGGACUCGAUUUGGUAUUUCCAGCAGUUAGGUAUAUGUAAUGUCAUCGCGUACCUCUUAAUAGCCAAAAAUCAGAAAAACGCAUCUUCAUAAAUCGGGAAAGUGGUCGAUCAUUACACGCUUUAAGAUUUACGUACACGCCACUUGCCUCCCAAAAAAUAUAAAGGACCUAUAUGUUUCACGUAUUUCCUUUAUUUAACAAACAUGAAAUACAUGUUUUGAAUUUUUUUUACUAUAAUGGGAUGCAUUUUUUUUUAUCAGAAAAUCGUGUAUAUUUUUUUAUAUGUUUAUCGUCUAUAUUUGUCGAAAAACGUCAACUAGUUGUGACGACAUUAAUAUUUUCAAAUCCAAAAAAAAAACGGUACGAAACAUAAUUGUAUCACCUAUAAUUUCGGUACUAUUGAGUAUUAAACGUAUUUUUUUACGCAUUCAAUUUAUCUACAUUCUACACAUUAGUUGACAUUUAAGAAAAUGUAUAGAUUAGCCACUAAAGCCCCGAGUUGGCUUGUAUGUACUUGGGGACCUCAAUUUUUUAUGUUCGAGUCCUGCAUGGAUCGCCCUCGAAGUCUCGAAAGUAUUCGACUUAUAUAUCGCGUUGACGGUAUAUGGUUCAGACUAUUUUCGAGUUAUAAACGUGGCUCCGUGCGAUUUGUCUUGGCAAGAGCAAGCCGCCCACCUCCACGCAAAUCUACGAAAAGUCCGUUCGUAACGUGUAGUUGUCAGUGGUAUGUUGCGUAUCUACGUAGUUUCAUCUACAGGUCGUUGGCUUCGGACAAUGAUCUCACUCUACUCGGUAGUCAAGCUUUUAAGACGUUUUUACAGCACCGACGUCGGGUUCCAUGUAAUACCUUCCCAUCUACUUUUAAUCACUGAAAUUGCCUAUUUGAAACCCCGUAAAAUUAUAUCUACUUCACGUCGCUUUCCAAACGCAAUAGGGACUAUAAAGUUCGCUGUUUCGUGCUGAUUUUUUUCUUAUGAUUCCCAGGGAUUGAUAUAUAUAUUUAUUGUCUGCGGAAAAGAAAAUUAUGGGCUUUAAUUGCAUAGGUACUGUCGUCCUAAUAUAAAAGUAUCUACCCGCCUAUAAAAAUUAUUAUAAAAGUAUAGGUGUGAAAUAAACCAGCACGAGAAUAAUACCAACAAAAAAUAACUAGUUGGUUGGAAUUUAUUUUCAAACAAAAUCAUCGAUAAAACGUCCCACUGACGAUUUUGAUGAACGCACUGACGCAGGUCGUCUAUUGUUUUUAAAAUAAUCAAAAUUAGACAUCAAAAAGCUAUAUAUAUAUAUGCCUAUUUCUGCUUGAAAUUCGAAUCGAUUGUUUAUGUAAUAAUAGUAUAUGGUAAUAGAAUAUUGACGAAAACAUUAAAAACAAUUAUUAUUAUAUGUCGUUACUCAUUCGAAAAAACGUUUUCAAGGCCUAUCGAUAAAGGAAUACGAAUUUUAUACAAGGUCCGAAAAUGACUCGUAUUAAACGGGUCGUAAGUGUAUCAUUUUUUAAAUUAAACUUACAUUAAACACUGGCAAAAAAAUUCUGAUAGAUAUACUCUUAUUUUUAUUCCUUUUAUCAUAAGCGACCUACUUUGGCCAUAGCACGUGCAAUAAAUAAUAUUACCCAAUUAUUUUGACCCCUAUCCAUAUAAGAACCAAACAACAAUGUUUUAAUUUUAGUUUUUAUCGAAUACUUAUAAAUGACUGCCAAAAACAAAAGCUAUUGUACAAUUACAAUUUAUUAUAAUAGUUAUAUCAUCCAAUUUUUUAACUAAUAAUAAUGCAAGUCAAACGUGUACAACACAUUCUUUCAAGCGUCUGAGUUGGAAAUUAUUUCAAAGGGUCCAUGUCAUUUCAUAUUGUGAUCGGUUUGUUGUAAACAUUUUCAAAAAUCCCGAUACAUCAGUCACAGGGAUUCGCGAUAAAAACGGAAUACAUUGAAUCAUGUUUUUCAACGAAACGUAUAGGCGUAUAACGUACUAUAUGGGCUUCAGUAGGUGUUCGCUCUUAAAUUCUUCCCUACUUUCUUGUCCGUAGAACGUCGCGACGCGGUGUUAUAUUUUUAGGCACUCUAAGUGUGCUUACAUUAAAUCUGUUCAUGGCUUUUUGGCUGCCACUGACCCGCUGCCGUCGAACGACAUUGUGCCAAUACGCAGCUGUGCGGUGAUCAUAAAACGCACGUUAUUGGCACAGCGUUUUUGUGACCCAAGAAUGAAUAUUUAUAAUAUUUAUUUGCGCAUAGGUCUCCCGUGACCGGGGCGGGAGAGACGUUUCGUCGUCGCGUUAAAAAUAGCGAAAUUUUUCUCUCUCCCACAAGACGGUCUUAUAAUACUCGCGUCAAGGUAAACCGUUCGUCACCGCGUUAUUAUAGUAUCGUAAUUACACCUAAGUAAACAUAUACACAAUAAUAUGUUCCGUACAACCUUCGUGUCUCUCGAUAAAUUUUUUUUCGAGUACUAUUAUGACAAGUAACGAUAUUUCAAUCGACUUACCGACCGUCUGCUUCUCGCGAUCUAUCCGCACAUUCACCCUUUUACCAAAGUCUCAUACACCGAUAAAAUCAUCGGUCAGUUUGUGGCGUCGAGUGCGACCUACCUGUUUGUUGUAGUCGACAUUAAAUCGUUACACAUUUCUAUGCGUUUGUUUACACUCGCAAGUCGUUACGACACGGCGAAAUCUCGUCAUUAUUGCCUUACUUGUGCGACGAGCGUUACUAACAAUAAUUUGCUGUACACAGGACGGUUUCAUUUUGUGUGUGUGAUUUUGCGCUACAGUAGUUUAGCUGUGAUGAGCACCAUAACAAUGGCGGGUACACAAAACGUAAAACACGAUUGAUGUAGUUUUGACAAAAAAAAAAAAAAAAAAUAA